GCGAGCAUGCGGAUCGCCGCUGCAUACAAUGAAGGGAAGCUUUGCGUAUGGAACCUCCGUACUGGGAAAGAGAUCUUGCUCCAGAAGCAGCAGGAUCAAGAGGCAGCAGACGCGUCUCACGCGAAAGUCGUACAGUUCUCUCCAAAUGGUGCCUUGCUUCUCAGCGUCUGGAAAGCGACCGGAGAGAUGGACAUCUGGGACUCUUUCAGUGGCGAGUCGCUGAGGUGUCUGUCUCUAGGAGGGCAAGACAAACCCUACCAAGCCAACACAGCACUGUUCUCGCCGGAUGGGCGAUACGUCGCCUCAGGGUCCGAAGAUGGCACUGUGCGGUUGUGGAGUGCCACCGAUUGGUCCCCGGUGGCUGUAUUCGCAGAGCAUCCCAAUAGCGUAACACGGCUUGCCUUCUCGCCUGAUGGGAGGCUGCUCGUCUCGGGAGCGGAGGAUGGCUCGUUGUGCAUGCGUGAUCUGCGCGAGCUG